AUGUCGUCCGACUGGAGCAGUUCUUCAGAAGAGGAAGAAGUGAAGAAGGAUGUCAAUAAGAAGGAAGAGAUUCUUGAGUUUGAGGGAACCCGAAUCAACGCUCAUCGACUCGUGCUCGCUUCCUGUUCAGCUUAUUUUAAGGCCAUGUUUACAAAUGAAAUGGCUGAAAGGCGCUUGAAAGAAAUAGAAAUGGUCGACGUGGAGGCCUUGGCGCUUGAUGCUCUCAUUAAUUUCUGCUAUACUGGUAAAAUAAAGAUCAGUGACACCAAUGUGCUGAGUAUUCUUCCAGCCGCUUGCCUGCUUCAGUUGGAUAAAGUCAAG